AUGGUUGAGAUCUUUGAUCCAACAUAUACAAGAAGCCAGCGGAGUAUCUACAAAGAAAGAGCCAACAACAUCUACGAAGACAAUUCUGCAUGUGUCACUCAACUCAAAGAAGGCUAUAUCAAGAGCGACAGGACAAAACACAUCCCUCCAAGAUUUUUCUCCUACACUCAAGAACUUGAGAAGAAUCAAGAAGUGGAUAUUCAGUAUGUUCGCUCAAGUGACAAUGCAGCUGAUCUUCUUCACAAAGGCGCUUCCUACUACAGUGUUCAAGAAGCAUGUUCAAGUAUUGGAAUGCGUCGUCUUCAAGAUUUGUGA